AUGACUGGCAAGCCAAGUUACCAGGCAAAUGAGAUCCAGUUUGCACUGGAUCUCAUGCUACAGGAUUUAUACAACGAGCAGAUUUCUGAUGCCUUUGAUCAACGCUUCGGUCGCCCCUUGACCGACAACCAGAUUCGGUACUUGCGAAAUAAGUACGGAAAGGACCCCGACUUCGGGGCGCCUCUGGUCAAUCGACCGGCGAGCAAAAAGCUCAAGCGCCGUCGCGCUGAGCCUGCCGAACCUUCUCGACCUGAGAAGCGAGCUCGUCGUGAAGUGCCGACAGCAGCCGCGCCAGUUCCUCCAGCCGACGUUGUCGCACCCUCCCCAGCAAUUGAACCACAACAGCUCAAGUUGCCCCAUGAAGGUCAAAACCUCACCCCGACCGUUGCGGAGACCACCCUUCCUAAGAAGGAGGAGAGUGAAUCUCCUACUCCAAGUCACGCUUACGUCCUUACACCGACCGCCCCGGCACCCAGCUUGCCUGCUGCUCAACAGACCCAAGACGGGAGCUACAUCCCUAGAAACUCAGCUGGAAUCUUCACCCAGCAACAGCAGGUUGGAUGGAACACAAACUUCUAUCCCACCAGUACAAACUUUGGCCAGAACUGGGUUGUUUCGCCCGCGGAAGAGAGCCCCGGUCUGUCGACAACCCCCGCGCCAACGCCGAAUAUGCUGUCCCCUAUCCAGCAAGCGUCCUUCUUCCCAAGCCCAAUCCAUGGCCACCAAUACCAGCGCCAAAGCAUCCAGAACUACCACACUGGACUCCUCUUCCAACCUGCAGGUGCCCAUGUUGUUGCAGGCCAGGCCGGAGUGUAG